AUGUCAUCAAACAGCCAAGAUACAUUGGCCGAAAAGUCCUAUUUGAGUUCGGCCGUCGACUCAAUCAACCCAUGGGCGGGGAAGCAAUCGUCGACUAGCAGUGAAGCUGCUAGAUAUGAUAAAGCCCCCUCAGGGCCCUUGGCUGGUACACCUGUUGACACUGGUGAUCAUAGCGUCACUCAUCUGUACGGCCAAAGUUCUCGCACUUAUCCGCCGGACUGUCCACCUCUCAAAGUACAGUGGUUUCACGCGGUAGAUGUUGCGAAACGGAAACCGCUACUCGGCAAGGGGAACAGCCAAGCCAACCAGCCAUUGAAACAAUCCGCCGCACCCAAAAAGUUCUCGGCAUUCUCGACAUCUGACUCAAAUUCUCUUGAAGCCAGGUACCAGAAGUUGUUGGAAGCCACGGAAGAGAAGGGUGGGCAAGUUCCCGAUACGGAAGCACUAUCCUCCCCGCAGGCCGAAGAUUCUGUAGGCAAAUUACGGGCAGGGUUUGAACGAGGGAGCCAACCCUCAAAGCCUGCCGUGAAGGUACCUGUCAACGAAGAUUUCCUGUUCGAUUAUAUUGGCAAGGGCCCGUCUACGAAGGUACGCAUUUUCUGCGUGGAGGGCGAGACUGUGGUUUCUGACAUGCCGGUAGUUCGCCGAGGAACUUGGUUCUUUCAGGAAGGGUCCAAUUUAAAGCCAUGCGAAGAAAAUCUCUCCGCCCAACUGGAGCAGGUGGGUAGCGAGAAUCUAACAUAUGAAGGAUACCUAAAACUGAAACCGUGGCUUCGAGUUGUGAGAUCUCGGAGCCAGUCAGGGUCUGGAAAGGUCACACCAAUUUCUGCAAAAGAACCAUCUCGAGCUAAAAAGGAGACAUUGGCCGGUGACCGCUCCUUCCCAAACUCUUCCUCCAGGGUUCAAACAUCCCAAGACUCUCCAGCUCACCCGAAAACUCAUCGCCUGUUUGGAACAUACAUGAACAACAUAGCCACAUACCAAGAUGCAACAACUGCCUGGCUUUGUUCGGACACGAUGCUUUCAUGGGUAACGUCUUCGGUCUACGAAAGAUUUUCUGGGGGGGGCUACAUGAGCGGAAUCAAGUUGACUCGCGGAUAUUCUGAACCAACUAAGGGGAAAGAAAAGGACAAGGACAAGGAGAAGAAUGAGGCCACCUCGGUAACUGAUGCUCUCGGUUUAGAUGAAAGGCAACAGAGAAAUCUGAAACGCAGAUCUGCUCCAGCCACAACAAGAAGCUCCGUCGAUGAGAGAGGGGACGAGCGAGAGGGAAAUAGAAAUAACCCACAAGCAACACUUCAGCGACAAUUUUCUUCAUUCUUGGAAGGGGAGGAUGAAAUACAGCAACGGCAAGAGCAGGAAAUUCAGGACUACCACACACAAGCCGGCGAAUCACAAGGUCGCCAGAUCGACCACCUCAUACUUGUCACCCACGGAAUUGGCCAACAGCUCAGUUUACGGAUGGAGAGUGUGAACUUCGUUCACGAUGUGAAUGUGUUGCGCAAAACCCUGAAAUCUGUUUAUUCAAGCUCGGAGGAUUUGAAAGCCCUGAACUCGGAAUUUGGUUCAAGUCAAGGAAACUGCCGUGUUCAGGUACUUCCAGUAUGCUGGAGACACCUCUUGGAUUUCCCACGGCAGAGAGUCAAACGUCCGGAACAUGACUUAGGAGAUCUUGACGAAGAAUAUGACUGUAUUUCUAAAUAUUUCAAGCCCGUUACUGAUCAUUUUACAGACCCUUCCCUAGAUGACAUAACUGCCGACGGCGUCGCAUUCGCCAGAUCUUUGAUAUCUGACCUUGCUUUGGACGUCCUCUUGUACCAAAGCUCAUACAGGGAGGAGAUCUCCAAGAUUGUACUACAGGAGUGCAACCGGAUGCUGAAGCUUUUCAUGGAGAGAAACCCCGAUUUUCAUGGAAAAGUCCACCUGAUGGGCCAUUCAUUAGGAUCUGCCAUCUUCUUUGACAUCCUCUGUCGUCAGAAGGAUGCGGCAAAUGAGGCAAAGGACUCCCUUCGAUUCUGGCCACCUCAUGGUGGCCCUGAAUCGGCUGAGUCGAAGGAAAAGCACGAUGAGAAGCAUCAAUCUAUGCAGCUUCAAUUCGAUGUGGAAGACUUUUAUUGCCUUGGUUCCCCAAUCGGAUUGUUCCAAAUGCUCGAAGGACGGCAAGUUCCCCAUACUGGCUCUAUAGCGAUUGCACUGACAGCUAACCAUCUUUAUUGCCGUAGAACGAUUGCUGCUCGAGGCUCUACAAGAGGGGCGCCACUUGGGGACACAGCAAGCGGCAGCUUGACAGAGGAUGUACUCCUGACCGGGGGUAUGCGGUCCGAGAAUGCCUCGACAAGGGCUGUAUCAGCAGGACCCGUUUCAAUGCCAAAGUCGCAACAGCUUUACAAUAUUUUCCACCCAUCUGACCCUAUAAGUUACCGUCUGGAGCCACUGGUUUCCCCCGCAAUGACGACCUUGAAGCCACAGAGCCUUCCCUAUACCAAAAGGGGAAUUUUCGACGCAGCGAAUCAGGGCUUGACGGGAAUCGGUGCUAAGGUGGGACAGAGUGUUAGUGGACUGUGGUCCAGUCUGAGUGCUGGUAUUGCUAGCAACAUGCUCAACCGGAGCCUAGGGCUUUCGAACGAGGAAGUUGCCCGUAUGACGGACCAGGCCCAUUCAGGAUCCCAAAGACGCGAACUGGGACACGGCAUGACUUCUUCCUCAGGGGAAGUGAUUGGUGUUGAGUCCAGGCUAGGGGAAAAGACCGACGAACGGAAGAGACAACUAGCUGCCACGUCGGGCGGGCUAUCCAGUACCAGUGGCAAUGAUCAGACAUUGAUCGAUGAGGAACUAGAGACCCUUUUUUCACAGUUCCAAAAGCGGCGGGAAGACCCAUCCAAGGAAGAUGGUGGUCAUGGGCUUGAUGAAGAGAUGCGCAAGGCGCGCAGGAUGAGGAAUGAAGAGAGCAAGGUGAGGGCCUUGAAUCGCAACGGAAGGAUUGACUAUACUAUUCAGGAGAGUGUGCUGGACUUCAAUCCUAUGAAUACAGUUGCGUCUCAUAUGGCGUAUUGGGCAGAUGUUGAUGUGAAUCACUUCAUACUGUCUCAGCUGCUGUCGAGUCGGCCUCAAGAGAAGAAGAGGGGUUCCUGA